UUAAAUAUAAGAAGAAGAUAUAAAAGAAGUACUUAUGAUCGCCCCAAGAGUCUUUAUGAAUAUAGAAAAAAAGUUAUGUGUCCAGUAUGCAAAGAAGGUCCCCACGGGCCUAAGGGUCCUGCUGGUAGAGAUGGAAUUCCGGGCAAAAAUGGUUAUGACGGUUCACCUGGAAAGCCUGGGAAACAAGGAUUAGACGGAAAGCCUGGACCGAGUGGGCAGGAUGGAAGACCUGGUCAUCCAGGAGGUCCGGGAGCAGAUGGAAGACCAGGUAGGGAUGGAAAACCAGGGAUACCCGGUUUACCGGGCCUAGACGGGAUCACAGGAAAAGAUGGAGACCCUGGGAGAGACAUUUUAGAACCAGGACCAGAAGGAAAACCUGGAAAUCCAGGACAAGAUGGUCCAAAAGGUAAUUCGGGCUUAGAUGGUAAGCCAGGUUCAAAAGGAAUAGAUGGUAAAUCUGGAACUUCGGGAAGUCCAGGAUACCAGGGUUUGCCAGGAAAUCCAGGUAAGGACGGUGAUCCCGGCCCAGAUGGAUUACCUGGAAAGGAUGGCGAUCCAGGAAGAGACGGAGACUCGGGUAAGGAUGGCAUACCGGGAAAACCGGGUCCAAAAGGUCCCCCAGGACUAAUUGGAAUUGACGGAAAAAUAGGGCCCCCGGGUGAUCCAGGAAAGGAUGGUUUACUCGGUAGAAAUGGUGAACCUGGCAAAGAUGGGCGUCCCGGUGAAACUGGAAAUCCUGGCCAAGUUGGCGAUUCAGGUAAAACGGUAAAUGGAAGGGAUGGUAUUCCAGGUAAAGAUGGUCUACCAGGACGGGACGGAAUACCAGGUAGAGAAGGAGAGCCAGCACCACCUGGAGAAAAUGGAGAUAGAGGUCCGGCAGGCAGAGAUGGAUCUGAGGGUUCCCCCGGCAAAAAUGGGCUAGAUGGAUUACCCGGAAGGGAUGGACACCCAGGCAAAGAUGGUUUUUCAAUUCGAUAUCCGGGUCCACCUGGAAUUCCUGGUCCACCCGGUAAAGAUGGAUCAAAUGGUAACCAUGGCGAACCUGGUCUAGAUGGCUUGCCCGGCAAAGAUGGUAAACCUGGCAAAGAGGGAGAAACUGGACCUCCUGGAGAGCAGGGCUUACAAGGAUUUAGAGGAUCAGUGGGCAGAAAUGGUAAACCUGGAAGAAUCGGUAAUACAGGUCCGUCUGGAGAUAAAGGCUCUAAAGGACCAGAAGGACCUAAAGGUAUACCAGGUAAAGAUGGUGUGCCUGGAACCGAUGGCAGGUCUGGGGAUAGGGGACCUCAAGGAGAUGCGGGAACUGAUGGCACCCCAGGUAUUGAUGGGAAAUCAGGUGAGAAAGGAUUAAUGGGAAUUCCAGGAAAAUUAGGCCACAGGGGAGCCCCUGGAAAAGAUGGUGACAAUGGUAAAUCUGGAAAUCCUGGUAGGCCUGGGAAGAAUGACAAAUGUGAUUGCAGCAUUCCUGAAAUUAGCGGAGAUGGCUCUACAACGUAUGUUAGAUACGGUCGCUCAGAGUGUCCUUCUAAUACUGGUGCGGAGUUGAUUUAUACAGGUUAUGUUGCAAGCGGUCAUUUCUUUUACACGGGUAGUGGUGGAGAUUAUCUAUGUUUGCCAAAGGAAAUGCAGUACAAUAAAUAUAGCGAUGAAUUUGAUUCAAAAUCAAAAAUUUGUGGAUCCAUUUUUAAAUUUGGUAGAGGAGAAAAUCAUCCAUUCCGAAUUAAUUGGCAAGCUGAUGCUCUUCACCAGACAACGAUAUCGUCUUCCAAUUCAAAUAGUAAUAAGAUGCCGUCAAACGACGAUAUUGAAAUGACAACAACUGGAAUCAAAGUUAAAAAAUCAACAAAAAAAGAAAAAAAAAUAAUUUCUAAAGAAAUCAAAGACUCAGACGAUACAUCUAUCCUAGAAGUUAGAUCUCUGAAAGAUAAAGACAAAAUAGAGAGGACUAUUAGAGAACCUAGCUUAUUAGAUUUGGUUAAGGAUCUGAUUGACCCUGAUUUACAACCUUCAACAUUUAAAACGAAUCCAAACUCUUCAAAACAAGCAGAAAGAAGCGCUGCAGAUUAUCAAACUUAUGAAAUACCAUCAUCCCAACCUCAACCACCAUAUCAUGAAAAGAUUCCAGGUGACCCCUUAUCCGGGCUUACAGCGUUAUGUUCUGUGUGCUACAUUGCUACUAGAAACACAAAUAUAAUGAUUCCUGGGGACUCUCGAUGUCCAGAGGGUUGGACCCGUGAAUAUUAUGGAUACCUUAUGGCUGCUAAUUAUAAACAAGCCCGUACAGCUUACAUAUGUAUGGAUGAAGAACCCGAGGGAGAGUAUAUCCCUGAUAAUACUAAAGUUGGCGGAUCUACUUUAUAUUUGGUGGAAAGUCAAUGCGGAAAUUUGCCUUGCAGAAAAUAUCCAAAUGGAUAUGAAAUGCCUUGCGCUGUAUGCACUCGUUAAUGUAA